AUAAGUUAUUUGAUGUUAGCUGUCAUUGGCUGUCACUUUGAUAUUGGAGUGCAUAACCAUCAAAUGUUGGGUCGAGAAUUAAUCGCUUUGGAACAUUCUAAAAACAAUGACAUUAAACAAAGUUGUGCUGCUGGCAUGUGGGUCCUUCAACCCACCCACAAACAUGCAUUUGCGAAUGUUCGAAAUUGCCAAAGACCAUUUACACCGAAUGGGUCAGUGUUUGGUCGUCGGUGGUCUCAUGUCACCUGUGCAUGAUGCAUAUGGAAAAGCAGGACUGGUUUCCUCUACACACAGAUUGGCAAUGCUGAAAAUGGCUUUGGGCACAGAUCAUUGGAUCAAGGUGUCCGAUUGGGAAACAAACCAGGAGUCUUGGACCAGGACUAGACCUACAAUUGAAUACCAUCAAAAUCAUAUCAAUUCAAUAUUGUAUGGUACCAAUGGAAAUGGUGAUGAGUUUUUCCAGAAUUCAAUCAAUUCUGGGCCUGUGCAAGUGAAAUUGCUUUGCGGCGCCGAUUUAUUAGAGUCUUUUGGUACGCCAGGAUUAUGGUCUGAUGAUGAUAUUGAAGCUAUUGUGGGACAGCAUGGAUUGGUUGUUAUCACCAGAGAGAAUUGUAAUCCUCUCAAGUUCAUUUACAAUUCCGAUAUUCUGACGAAAUACAUGUCGAAUAUUACCAUAGUGACGGAGUGGAUAACAAACGAAGUGAGCUCGACGAAAAUCCGACGGGCGUUGAGAAGAUCAGAAUCGGUUCGGUAUUUGAUGCCGGACAACGUGAUCGAUUAUAUAAAGAACAAUGGUCUUUAUGGUUCUAGCAACAAAAAUAAGUACUUGUCGCCCCUGAAUCCUCUCUAUAAUAACUCCAAUUUCCUGACACCCUCUCCCACAGAUGUCUCAAUGGACAGUCCCAGUCCGACGUCCCGCUGUCUGAGUCUGUGCAACAAUAAUUUGUUUUCUCAGCCUGAGUCGAUUGAUGUGCCGGACAUUGGUGUCGUAGGGAAAAACCAGCAGAAUCUGUCGAAACAUCCCGGUCAGGCCGUCAAAAUUGUGACGGCGAACACCGGACGGCACACGAUCAUCCCCAACGGCGACAAGGUAAACAACCGCCAGCUGAAAGGUUCCACCAGUUGCGCGGAUAUUCAGAACACUGAACAUCGCACCAAGUCUGUCGAGAGUUUAGAAUGCAAGAGCUGCGACGAGAACAUGAUCAAGUUUAUAUUCACACAGCACGGUAUCAAAGUAGUCAGCGACGUUGAAACUAUAGUUUGAAUAAGCACUCUAAACAAUAAUAACUAAAACAGUUGACAAUCAUUUCAUCGAUUUCUUCUAUAGUUUACCUCACAUUAAGUAUAAACAACGGGCUUUUAUUAGCACACAUAAUUAUGUGCAGUUAAAGAUCAUUGCAUUAAGUAUGAAUAACUUAAAUUAUUGUAGUAAUUGAAAUACCAGAUCAGACAUAUGCAUACUAAAUUAAGUACUUUUGCAGAUCAGUCGCCUGUAUCACGAAAAUCUGAUACUAAAAACUUGGUUCGGUUCCCAAAAACCAACAGAAAAUUUGUGGGGGUCGAUAAACCCGAAAGGGGUAGAAAGAAAUUUUAUGAUUUUGUGAUUACUAUGUUUAUUUAAGUACCGAAACAUUGAUGCAUGAACAAUUCCAAUUUU